AGUUCAGGACACAGGACAAAGGCGAGCGGGGGGGAGGGACAGAGAGAGAGAGAGAGGAAGGGAAAAAAAGAGGUAGGUUUGUUGUACUCCAUAAACUAGCCCAAACAACUGAACUGGAGUUAGGAGACCCUCAGAUGUUGCUGGCUGGGGCUGACAGAAGUUACAGUUCAACAACAUCUGGAAGGUUGUCUGUAUGGGAUAAAUCUGCCCCUCAGAUACAGAUGUUGUCCAAGUUAGGGACUCUGUGUCCCUCCAUGUUUCCACCAGGCAUAUGACUGGCCCCUGUGAGAUUAGAUGGGCCACUGAGCUCAUCCAACAGGCCCUUCUUAUACUCUUAUGACGUUGCUGGACUCUAGCUCCCAUCAUCCCUGACCAUGGACCAUGUUAGCUUGGGUUGAUGGGCUUCUGCUAGUGGCCUUUGUGUUCCUUUGUUCCUUUUUUCUGCUGGUGGGCUUCCCAGAGGCAUCUGAUUGGCCACUGAGAGAACAGAGUGAUGGACGAGAGCUUGGCCUUUAAUUCAGAAUGCAGCAGCUAGACUGGGAGUGGCCGCUGGGAACAUAUAACACUGGUCCCAAAGGAUCUACAUUAGCUCCCAGUACAUUUCCGAGCACAAUUCAAAGUGUUGGUGCUGACCUUUACAGUCCUAAACAGCCUUGGUCCAGUAUACCUGAAAGAGCAUUACCACCCGCAUCGUUCUGCCCAGACACUGAGGUCCAGCUCCGAGGGUCUUCUGCUGGUUCCCGCACAGUGAGAAGUGAGGUUACAGGGAACAAGGCAGAGGGCCUUCUCAGCAGUGUUGCCCGCCCUGUGGAAUGCCCUCCUAUUAGAUGUCAAGGAGAUAAACAACUACAGUGGUACCUCGGGUUACAUAUGCUUCAGGUUACAGACUCCGCUAACCCAGAAAUAGUACCUCGGGUUAAGAACUUUGCUUCGGGAUGAGAACAGAAAUCGUGUUCCGGCGGCGUGGCGGCAGCGGGAAGCCCCAUUAGCUAAAGUGGUGCUUCAGGUUAAGAACAGUUUCAGGUUAAGAAUGGAUCUCCGUAACGAAUUAAGUUCUUAACCCGAGGUACCACCGAGGUACCACUCUAUUUGACUUUUAUAAGACAUCUGAAGGCAGCCUUGUAUAGGGAAGUUGUUAAUAUUUGAUGUUUUGUUGUGUUUUUAAUAAUUAGUUCAGUGGCUGGGGCAACCCCAUCAGAUGGGUGGCAUAUAAAUACUAAAAAUAUUAGUAGUAGUAGUAGUAGCAGUAGUAGUAGUAUUCUUAAAACAAGAUUCUAAAUUAGACAGACUAUAUUGCUAAGGCCACUUCUAGUGAUUCUUAUACUUAUGAUUCAUAAAAAGCAUUCAGCUUGGCUUGUUUUCUCCUAAUUUGGACCAAUAUCCAAGUGAAACCUGGCUAGCAGAAUAGGUUGAUAGCAGUGUAGCACUGCUAGGAAUCCCACCACAAGUGGGGUCACCAAGCUUUGCAUGCCCCCAGAUUUCCCAUGGGUGACGCAGAACACGGGUUUGGAUUUUGCUCAGAAUCUGGUUCAUCACCUUGUUUGUCACCAGGAAGGAAUUUCCCCCCUUACAGUCAGAUUGCUUAAUGACUCGGCACCGCCUUCCCCGGUAAUUCUUGCUUGAGUCAUCUGCAUGCAUCUUGCUUCAAGGCACCCUACUGAUUCUUGCUCUCUGCUUGCAGCACACACCAGGGCUGGACUGACCACCAUGCAAAGGACUCUGCAGAGCACAUAGUGGUGUAAGUAAAACAAAAGGUCAAAAGCUCUUGCAGGUCCUGUUGGCCUUGAAGUUAUCUCCACCUACCCAGCUGUCAUAAGCAUGUGGAAUAUAUAUUUCCAGUUGAACGCAGUAUUGUAUUCUCAAUUGUUUUCUGGGUUUUCCUCCCCAUUGCACCUGUGUUUUAUUUUUUCUAGUUCUAUAAGCAUUUUUAUCUGUUACACAUCACUUUUGCUAUCUUUUCUGUGUGUUCAUAUCAAUAAAAAUGUAAAAAUAUACAAAGUGCAAUAAAGGAAAGGACAUCUGGGCAUGUGCAGAGUGCUUCUGCCGCAGCACUGAACAUCUGCCAGAUGUCACCUACACCCCUGGAAGCGAGGCACAGAGAAAAUGAUAGGGGUCUCCCAAAUUCGGGAAUCUUUAACUUUUUCAGAAUCAAGCUCUGCCUGCUCAACCUCUCAUGGCAGCAUUCUUAAGAACAGUAUAAAAAAGGAUUAAAAACAAAGCAAAACCCACCCAAAACGGUUGAAAGCCUUUGGAGAUACUCCCAAAUCGAUUGCUUACGUAGAUGUGCCACAUCUGCUCCAAGUUUUGCUGCUGUGAGCAAAGACUCCAGCCAAACUGGAACAUGAACUAGUUUUGCAGUGCGAAAUUUGUGCCCGCUGGGGUUCCUGCAGUGGUGUUUAUUCUCUCGAAGAAUUCCCUGCAUCCUGACAGCUGGUGCCAGGAUUCUAAUUUGAAGGACAUUUGGGAUAAGUAGCAGUGCGGCUCCUCUGGGUAACAGGAUAUUUAUCCCCUGUACUGUAGAUUGCCAAGAGGCUGGGCAGCUGGGUGGGGUCAGCCAGGCUUGGGGAAGAAACUUGCACAGGUUGUCCCUCUGCUUAUCAUCUCAGUUUUCUAACUGCAUGAAAUAUUGGCGUAUAAGAAUGGGGGGGGGGGGGGACUGCAACAGAAGAUGUGCAGAAUACCGGUUUGGUAGCACAUGUUUCAGUGGAAGAGCUCCCAUGCAUAUUAAAAGUCCUAACUUCAGUCUCAAACAAGCAACUUUCAUAGGUGCAACCUUUUUCUCUGACUUGCUUUGAUGUCAAGACACCUGUUGAUUUCGGUCUGUUGCACAGAUGUUAAAAAGGAAAACUUUCCCCAAAAAGGCCCUAGAUCUGGAAGGUUGCAGAGGAGCAUGCGGAAGCGUGCAGGUACAGCAGGGACUGGUAACUUUUUCCAGCUGGUUGGUUGGAUCCUGGGUUCCUCUGCCCCCUCCCAUGCCCACCUGUCAGUCACCUGGCAUCACCUUGGCUUCAGGUAGCCCGUUUUCCUUUACAGCAUGCCUUGCGUUCCAGCCAAGCUGCAAAGGGAAGGCCCAAGCUGAUCCAAGCAAUGGUUAAAAGUUACCACCAAUCAGCUGAUCAGCAUGGACUUUUAGUUUGGAUUACUGCACUACACUCUGCGUGGUGCUCCCCUUGUAAACAACUUGAAAACUUAAUGCUGCAGCCAGAUUAGCGGCUAGCAUUUAAUUUAGAACUCGUAUAACCUGUUUGUUCCUGGACUCAAUUCAAGGUGCUCACACUGAAUAAAUAAGCCCGUUGUAGCACAAAUGGAAGACUCUUGUGGCAUCUUAAAGAUUUAUUGCCAGGAAAGUUCCUGUAUCCUUCAAAGCUACAGUAAAAAGCUGCUAUUUUAAACUGCCACAAGACUCUUCCUAGUUCCUACCUCCAGAGGGACUAGCUGCAUUGUUAGUCUGUUUCUGCAAAAGCGACGUGAAGCGGGAGUCCUGUAGCAUCUCUGAAGCCGGCAGCCUUAUUAUGGCGCACCACCUGGGAACUGUAGAUCUGGGAUGUCUGCGCCCUUAGGAAACUACAUUUCCCAUGAUUCCCCACUGCUAAAGCAGUACUGUACAAUAUUGCUGCAACUAUAUGGCGCAGGCGAGUAUACGAGACGCAGCCUGCGAAAACCGACGCCAUAAAUUAAGGCGUCUUAAGGCACACACGAGAUGUUUGUCUGCAACAGCCGCAGGCGGAGAUCUAGCAGGCCGCUUCUGGCUUUGCCGGUGAGAAAAGGCCGGAAUAAAUAAAUAAAAAUGAGCCAGAACAACAAAGCUGCAUUGUAUGAUCUGGUGGGGGGGGUAGUGCUGAUGGCGUGAGCAUAGGCCCGAUGACCUCCCCGUCCUCCUGGGUGCAAGCACCCACGUGGUCGUUUCUCUCCUCUCUUUUUGGGGGGGCAAGGCGCAGGUGGAAGAAAGGAAGGAAUUUGGAGGAAGGAGGAGGAGGACCGAGGCUGCGCGCACCAGCUUCACCCUUGGCGCGCCGUCCUUGAAGAGGAUUGCGCGAGCCGAGGGGGCGGGCGGGGCUCUGGUUUCCAAUCACAAAAGCGUAACCCGAGGAAAGCGACGCGGAGCCGCUCCGGAUCCGCCUCCUUCCCCUUGCCCGGCUGACAUUGUCUUCUUUCCCCUCCUCCAUCCAGGCUGUGCCUCAGCUGCGCUCCUCGUCUUCUUGCUGCUGCUAAGCCGGUCCUAGGCGCACAAACAAACCCCGGAGGUGGGUAUCACAUAGCAAACGCACCGAUCCUCUGUUGUUGUUUUUUUUUGGGGGGGAGGGGUGGCCCUCCAUCUUCUCCCCCCCUCCCAAGCCUUUGGCAAUGGAAGAUGGACUCAAGCGCUUCAAAUGGGUGGGGAGGGAUCGGUUAGGGGAGAUCUCUCCUGCGCAUCGUGGCCUGGCGCUCGCGUGUGCGUGUAUGCAUGUGAGAAAGGGGGGUUGGAGGUAGAUCUCUUGCCCUCCGGGGUCUUGAGCCAUCUCCCCCUCCCCAUCUUUUCCUCCCGCUUUGCAUCGUGCGUUCCCCUCAUUUCUAAAGGUCAAUGCGGUUGCAAAUAUAUAUAUAUAUAUUCCUUUUCUCCCCAAAACGCACCAAGGACUUACAAAAAACAAAAAUGAUGCAAAGGAAAAAGACUUUUUUUCCUUUGCGUUGGAAAGAGGCUCCGGGUGGACUAUCCUGCCCUGCCUUUUCUUUCCGCCCAGAGGAGCGGUGGCCUAGUGGUUAGAGGCGCAAUCUACCCACCUCCCGCUCCGCCUUUUCCUUUUGAUCACCGGGACAGGCUUGUUGCAUUUUAAAGGUUUGCGAGUUGCAUUUUUAAUUCUUCCUGGUAGAGGAUUUCGGGCCGGCCUUGGCUCAGCGGAGGAGGAGGAAGGGAGGCCGGGCCACAGAGGCAACCAUCGCGGAAGACGCGGGGGAGGAAAAGAAAACUUGUUGCGCAUCGCGGCGCCUCCCCCCACCCCCGUUCCUCGUGCCAUCGCCGCGAACAUGUGCUCUGCCAAAGAGCGGGAGGGGAAAGGAAACAGUUAUUUUUUUUAUUUUUUGCAACAGCAGAAUCUCCCUGGGUGCUUGAAAUGGCCCUGCCAACUUGGGGUGGGAUGCGCGCGUUCAAAACGGGGAGCAUCCGCUGGUGGGAGGCUGCUCAUUCCUUUUUGCAAGAGGGAAGAAGCCCCCCGCCCCAAAUGAAGAAGCGCAAAGGCAUCACGUGCCUAGGCGGGGGGGGGCAGCGAAACGCGCACACCCCCUGCCUUUUCUUAGCAGAAUCGGGUGAGGCAGGCGAGGAAAACGCUUCCCGCUCAGCGCCCGGGCCGGGCCGCACCCUGCCCGACUUGCCCAGGCCAGGAUCGGGAUCCUGCGCGCGCUGGAGCGCAAGAGCCUCGCGCGAUGCAGCCAGCAAGGCGCGCGCGUCCUGUGAGAACAUGUGGCCACGUGAAUCUGGAACGAAGCGGCGUGUUGUGGCUGCCAUAGGUCAUGAAUGCCCCGUUAGAGCCCAACUGCGCUGUCCUGUCCAUGAUGUUGCUCGUUUUGCAGCCUGAAUGGAGGUUUAUCUUAUAGUGGGGGCUGGAGGAUUUGGGGUGGUAUAUAUGACCCAUGUACAUUUGCGGUAUGGUCUGCAGUUCUAUAACUCAGAGCAAGGGACGUCAAUGUGGUGCCCUCCAGAUGAUGAUGAUGAUGAUAUUUAUUUAUACCCUGCCUCUUCCCCCCCCCCAUAGGGACUCCAGGCAGCUUACAGAUAAAAAUAAGAGCAGCUAAAAAAACACAGUCAUAUGUGGAUCGAAUUAAAACUAUGUAAUCUAUUAAAAACAUACAGAUAAUUUCAGAAAAAACAGCAUGGCGCAAUCCCGUUCGUUAAGAUCAGUCUGUUCCCAAAAGCCGGCUGGAAUAAAAUGUUUUCCACUCCCUGCAAGAAAACGGCAAGGGGGGAGCCGGCAAGAUUUUUACUCUGCUGGCUGGGGCUGGUGGGAGAUGGAGUAAAAAUGCGCAAAAACGGGAGGGCAUAAGAUAGGUGGAAAAUGGUGCAGGAAUAAUUACUGCUAUCGACUAUAAAACUUAGGAAUGAGAUCUUCCAAAAGCUGCCAGACCUCUUUUUUGGUUGGAGAGAAAAAAAGAGGAAGAUAAGGAAUGAGGCAUCCCUUUGAGGCCUAGUUAUUUUCACCUGGCUGAGAGAGAACCUAGGCAGUGGCUACUAGCAACAAUGGCUGCUCUCUCCUAUAUCCCAGUUGGUGGCAUUACUGCUUUUGAAUACCAGUUCCUAGAAACCGCAAGAGGAGAGAACACUCUUGCUUGAAGGUUUCCCACAGGCAUUUAGUUGGCCACUGUGAGAACAGGAUGCCGGACUGGAUAGGCCUUUGGCCUGAUCCAGCAGGACCCUUCAUGCGUUCUUAGAGACACAUGUGUGCAUCAGCCUGUACUCCUCAUUCCUCCUGUGUCGGCCACUGGCUGCCUUACCUUGACUCCUGCCAUUAGCCCAUCUCAUUCAGAGCUGCCUAUACCAGCCCAUCUCAGCCUUAGGCCCUUUGAUGUUCUUAGACUACAAAUCCCAUCAUCCCUAGCUAGCAGGACCCCAGUGGUCAGGGAUGAUGGGAGUUGUAGUCCAAUUCCUGCACGGCCGGGGGUUGAACUAGAUGACCCUCAGGGUCCCUACAAUUCUAUAAGAAACACUGGUGUGCACCGUUGGAUUUCAACUGGUGGGUCUUGGACCAACAGAUGGGACCUCCAUCUCUGGGUUAAGGAGAAUACUGUUUCUGCAAAGGCUGAAGACUACCAGCCUAUGCCAAGGGCAGACAUGGGGGAGGGGGGCAAUUCGGUUUCCGAGCACAAUUCAAAGUGUUGGUGCUGACCUUGAAAGCCCUAAACGGCCUCGGUCCAGUAUACCUGAAGGAGCGUCUCCACCCCCAUCGUUCUGCCCAGACACUGUGGUCCAGCACCGAGGGUCUUCUGGCGGUUCCCUCAUUCCGAGAAGCAAAGCUACAGGGAGCCAGGCAGAGGGCCUUCUCGGUAGUGGCACCCACCCUGUGGAACGCCCUCCCACCAGAUGUCAAAGAGAAAAACAACUACCAGACUUUUAGAAAACAUCUGAAGGCAGCUCUGUUUAGGGAAGCUUUUAAUGUUUAAUAGGUUAUUGUAUUUUAGUGUUUUGUUGGAAGCCGCCCAGAGUGGCUGGGGAAACCCAGACAGUUGGGCAGGGUAUAAAUAAUUUAUUAUUAUUAUUAUUAUUAUUAUUAUUUAUUUAUUUACAGUCUAUGGGGUACAUUCCCUCAUAGGCAAUCUUCAGAGGGCUGCUUGCCAGUGGUGGAGGGGGCCAGAGGAAAAAAAAAUGGGUGGAUCAGCAAAGGCCACCGUUUGUACAGCAGGCCACAUCCCAUCCAUGCAAAAAUUAGACCAGGCUUCCUCAACCUUGGCCCUCCAGAUGUUUUGAGACUACAAUUCCCAUCAUCCCUGACCACUGGUCCUGCUAGCUAGGGAUCAUGGGAGUUGUAGGCCAGAAACAUCUGGAGGGGCGAGGUUGAGGAAGCCUGAAUUUGACGGUUCUACACAAGCACAGAUUUCCACCAAGCCAAGAGGGAUGACUCUUUGCCAUGGAUGCUAUAAUUGAGAUUCCUGCAUUGCAGGGGGUUGGACUAGAUGACCCUCGGGACCCCUUCCAACCCCACGAUUCUGUCACAGUUCAGGGACACAUCCCAGUCAGGCAGAAACAUUCGAGGAGGGUGCAUAGCCAGGCUGCUGAGAGGGGUGGCCUGUGGGAGAAGGGGGGUGUCCUAAGGGCCAGACAGAGGUGCUUGGAGGGCCACAUUUAAGAAUAAUUUGGCCCCUAGGCUGAGGUUCCCCCACCAUUGCUCUCCACCGGCUGGCAGUGGUUCUCCAGGGUUUGGGACAAGGGUCUUAACCUGGAGAUGCUGGGGAUCAAACCUAUGACUUGGAAUGCAAAAUAUGUGCUCUACCAUUGAGUUCCACCCCCUGGCCAUAGUUUCCAGGACCCCACCUUUUCCCACCCCCCACCGCCAAACUGCAUCCUAUGCAACAUGGAGAUCAGAAAUCGGCCUAGCUAGUUCAGCUGGUCAGAGCAUGGUGUUGAUAAUGCCAAGGUUGCAGGUUCGAUCCCCGUUUGAGACAGCAAUAAUAAUAAUAAUAAUAAAUUUAUUAUUUAUACCCCACCCAUCUGGCUGGGUUGCCACAGCCACUCUGGGCGGCUUCCAAAGCACAUAAAAAAAAUAAUAAUCAAAAAAUUAAUAGUAACAAUCAGAUCCUAUAUAAAAAGCCACAAUAGCUUUAAAAUAAACAACUUAUAUCAAAUAAAGCAAUACUCAACAAUCCAUUAGGAUCCAGUACUAAACAGUAAAAUUAAACAUCAAAUAAUAAUCUAGCAGUUCACACUUAUCGAUUACAAUAAAGAAUUACUAAUCUGUAAUCAAUAAAAUAACAGCAGAUCACAAUGCACAAAUGCCACAAAACAUACAAAAUCAUGUAAAAGGGUCAAGUUGAGCAACAAGGACACACAACUUACAAAAUUAUUUUUUAAAAAACGAAUGGAGGUCAGCAUAUUCCAGGGGGGCGGGUUGGACUAGAUGACCCACAGGGUCUCUUCCAACUAUUGCUUGGGUUCACGGUGGGCUCCCUUCCUGCCGUCUGUGCUGGAAGCGUGCAGGAGAUACACGCAGCCUUUGACUUCUCCCCCCAUUCCUGUUUUGUCUGUUAUUGUAGACUGUAAGCCUUUCUGGGCAGGGACCUUGUCAGCUCCUUAUGUUGCCAGCAUGUCUUUGGUGCGUUAAAGCCAGUGGCAGUUCAGUAUGAGUGACUUCACUUGCUUUCUUUACGUGUUCAGCACGUAUAGCAACGGCAGCGGCAGUGAUAGCGACAGCGACGGCAACAGUUGGCCUCCGUAUCGGAGCCCUCAAGAGAAGGUAAGCAGGAGGGCAGAGUAGCUUUGUAGCUGCCGUAUUUUUCGAGCCAUAAGACGCACCUAGUUUUUAGAGGAGGGAAACAAGGGGAAAAAAAUAUUCUGAACGAAACAGUGGAUGUAUGAUUUUUGUGGUUCAUGCUGUGGCCACAGACAUGAUAGGUGAUUUGACGGUGAGUUUGGGGUAGCCCAGUGCAAAAAUCCUGAGGAUCCAUGUGGAUCCGUGCUUUGUAGCCACAUUUUUGCCCCACGAAACAGUGGAUGUGUGAUUUUUUUGGUGCAGGCUGUAGCCAUGGACAUACUAUGUGAUCUGAUGGUGAACUGGGGUGACCCAGUGCAAAAAUCCUGAGGAUCUCUGUGGAUCCGUGCUUUGUAACCACGUUUUUGCGCCAUUGCGGCCCCACGAAACAGUGUAUGCGUGAUUUUUUUGGUGCAGGCUGUAGCCAUGGACAUACUAUGUGAUCUGAUAGUGAAUUUGGGGUGACCCACCCAAUGCAAAAAUCCUGAGGAUCCAUGGGCUUUUACCUCCCCCCUCCUUGGCAGCCUCCUUUAUCUCUAGAGUCCCUUAUCUCCUUCCCCGAUCGCUUGCAGAUCAGCUGCUCAGCGGCUUUGUUUCAACACCCCCUUCCCUCUUUCUAAAAAAAAAAAAGCACAAUCUGCUUUUUGCCCCUGGGCAAUUCGGUUCUGGGGACCAUGCAUUUACUCCAGAAGAUGCACAGACAUUUCCCCUUACUUUUUAGGAGGAAAAAAUCAGAGCCACAGGAGAGGAAGCUCCUCCUACUCAGCAGUCUGCCCGCCCUCGGCCAGAUCCCCGCGGAAUAGUAAGUUUGUUUGCAGACUAGUAAAUUUCAGGGGCUGAUUUGUAAUGCUGAUGCAACUUUUUAAAAAGCAAUCUUUACUGAACAGCAUAUGUCUAUUUAGUUAGUUUAAUUAAUUUAUGUGCUGCUUCAUAUUUCAACAAAUAUAUACCCCAAGGGCCGCCUCUCUCCAUAUGAACUAGCCCAGAUUCUGUGUUCAUCUUCUGAGGCCCUUUCUUGUGUGCCGCCUUCACGAGAGGUCCGGAGGGUGGCAACACAAGGACGGGCCUUUUCUGUGUUGGCUCCCUGUUUGUGGAAUGCUCUCCCCAGGGAGGUUUCGCCUGGUACCUUCCUUACAUAUUUAUAGGCACCAGGCGAAAACGUUCCUCUUCAACCAGGCCAUUGGCCUUUAACUAACGUAUUUUUUGCUCUAUAAGACGCACCCGGCCAUAAGAUGCACCUAGUUUUUGGAGGAGGAAAACAAGAAAAAAAAUCCCAGAAGCCAGAACACUGCGCAACGAUCCCUCUUGCUGUUCUGGCUUCAGCGAUAGCUGCGCAGCCUGCAUUCGUUCCAUAAGACGCACACACAUUUCCCCUUACUUUUUAGGAGGGAAAAAGUGCAUCUUAUAGAGCGAAAAAUAUGGUAUUUAUUCCUGUAUUGCAGGGGGUUGGACUAGAUGGCUCUUGGGGUCCCUUCCAACUCUACAAUUCUAUCAGUGCCCUUUUAGAAGUGGGUGGGAAGGUUUUGAUUUAUUCCCCCCUCCCAAUGUAUUUAUAUGGGCUUUGUGUGUUUGUUUUUGCUUGGUUGGUAGUAAGUCACUUUGGGUUGCCUUGGGCAAGAUAAAGCGACUAGCAAUUAAAUAUGACAGAAUUUGAAUGAAUGAAUGAAUGAAUUUUAUUAUUUCGGUCACAGACCAGUUCCAGCCCACAUACAAUAUCAAGGAAGUCAUAAAACACGAUAGGGAUACAUUUGAAUUUGCAAUUACGUAUAACAAGGACAAUACAGAUAUAGCAACAGUUUAAAUAUAUAUAAAUUAAAACCUAGUCACUAACAUAUAACCUAAAAUUAUCAUUUAAAACCUUUAUGAUAGCACAGCUUGUUCCCUCAGUUUUAUGGCAAUUGCACAGAAUUUGGCUACCCUUAACGUGAACUCAGGAUCCGUGUCCUCUACCAGGAAUUUUAGACGCUGAAGUUCAGAUUCAUUUGGAGAUUUUUGCAUAGCAGGGGUAAUAAAUCCUGAGCGUAUAUCCCCGUAGAAACGGCAGCGUAACAAGGCAUGAGAGACUGUUUCUACCUUAUGACAGAAUUUAUGCAACCAAACCUCUGAAAACCAAUAAAAGUGGUGGAAGAGAAUGGAAAACAAAAAAAUGAGCUGGUUAAGUCUGGAUACAAUGGGCUAAGGACUUGGGCCAUUUUAUCGAUACGACAGCGUGGGAAAAGCUGUGGAAAGUAGAUUUGAAAAUUAUGGCGUGUUAUACAUUAAAGGAAAACUACUGUAUUCUUCGCUCUAUAAGACGCACCAGACCACAAGACGCACCUAGUUUUUGGAGGAGGAAAACAAGACAAAAAAUAUUCUGAAUCUCAGAAGCCAGAACAGCAAGAGGGAUCUCUGUGCAGUGAAAGCAGCAAUCCCUCUUGCUGUUCUGGCUUCUCUGAUAGCUGUGCAGCCUGCAUUCACUCCAUAAGACGCACACACAUUUCCCCUUACUUUUUAGGAGGGAAAAAAUGAAUCUUAUAGAGCAAAAAAUACGGUACAUGAAAAUGACAUAUGGGUGAUACCUAACUCCAAGUAAAUUAGCCAAGAUGUAUAAGACCAGGCUUCCUCAACCUCGACCCUCCAGAUGUUUUUGGCCUACAACUCCCAUGAUCCCUAGCUAGCAGGACCAGUGGUCAGGGAUGAUGGGAAUUGUAGUCUCAAAACAUCUGGAGCGACGAGGUUAAGGAAGCCUGUAUAAGACUGUGUCAAAUAAAUUCUGGAAGUGGCAGCAGGCAGAAAGGACCUUUUUAAAAAAAAAAUACGUAGUGGACUUGUAAAAAAGCAAUAGGCUUUGGGGGAAUGAUACAUAAUGAAUUUUAAAAGAUGUUUAAAAUCGUUAUUCCCCAAAAAAGCCUGAAGCAUUCUUAAUAGGAAAAAUAGGAUGAGAAGUCCCCCCAAAAGAUGGUCAAAUUGUUUAUGUGUGUGACCACAGCAGCCAGAGUUCUGUACGUGCAGAAAUGGGAAGAAAGCGAGGUUCAAAGAAAAGAGGACCGGAUUUUGAAGAACUAUGUGGAGGUGGAGAGAUUGACGGUGAAAAUAGGAGACCAAAACGAAGAAAGGUGUAUGGAAGAAUGGAAAUUCCUUUCGGACUAUUUAAAACAGUAUUCUAGCCAAAUGAACGGCGAAAAUAAGAGAUCAAAACGAAGAAAGGUGUAUGUCCCACAGAGGACCUUACGGUCUUCAAAUAAAAACAUCUUGGAGAUCCCGGGCCACAGGGAGGUUAGGCUGGCCUCAACCAGAGCCAGGGCUUUUUCGGCUGUGGCCCCGAUCUGGUGGAACGCCCUGUCACAAGAGACUAGGGCCCUGCAGGACUUGACAUCUUUCCGCAGGGCCUGCAAGACAGAGCUGUUCCACCAGGCCUUUGGCCAAGGCACAGUCUAACCCCCUCUCUCCUUCUGUAAUCCUCAUAGAACUCUAGCCCAAUGGUUGCCAUUAAUUUGAUUCUGAAUUGAUUUUAGAAUGUAUUUCAAUUAACUGACUGUGAUUUUAUGUAAACGGUGCUAUUUUUCUUGUUGCUAGCUGCUCUGAGCCUGGCUUUGGGGAGGGCAGGAUAUAAAUAAAAUAUUAUUAUUAUUAUCAUCAUCAUCAUCAUGGAAGAAUGGAAAUUCCUUUCGGACUAUUUAUAACAGUAUUCUAGCCAAAUGAAAUCGUGAGCAGGUCUUGAAGUACAGUGGUACCUUGGAAGCCGAACAGAAUCCCUUCUGGAAGUCCGUUCGACUUCCAAAACAUCUGGGAACCAAGGCUCGGCUUCCGAUUGGCUGCCGGAAGUUCCUGCAGCCAAUCGGAAGCCAUGGAAGUCGCGCCGGACGUUUGGGUUCCAAAGAACGUUUGGAAACCAGAACAGUCGCUUCUGGUUUUCGAUCGUUUGGGCGCCAAAACGUUCGACUCCCAAGGCGUUUGAAAACCAAGAUACGACUGUAUAAGCGAGGGAAGGAUAGUCAGGAUGCAAUAAAUGAAUAAAUGUAUAAGUACCGUGUAUAAGGCAGCAGGAAAUUGUCGGUGGAGAAACAUGACUGUAAGGAUGGGAAACUGAAUUGCUAAGGAAAGGGUGUAAAUUAGAUUGUGUGGUGUGCUAGCCUCCCUCCCUAUUAAUUUCUUGGAGAAGUCUUAAAACAUUCCUGUUUAUACAGGCAUUAAAUGGGUGAAGGUUUCUGUCCAAGGCAACCCUGAAAUUAUUAGUUUGAGAGCAGGUGGUUGCUUUCAGGAGUUGUAAACUUUUUUUUUAAUAGAAGUUUUAAUUGUGUUGAUAGGUUUACCACCUUGGGCUCCUUUUGAGGAAGUUGUGAGUUUUAAAUCAAAUUAAUAGUUACGUAAUUAAGGCUUUGCAUCUCCUAACGCCUUUUAAGCACCUCUGUACUGGUGCAAAUUAAUGGCAAUGCCUCGAAGAAGUAUUUGGUGGGCAAAAAAAAUAUAUAUCCCGUGUGGCUGGGCUAGGACUAGGGAGUCACUGCUCUAAAUCCCAGCUUAGCCAUGGGCCAGCCAUCGUCUCUCAGCCUGACGUACCUUACAGGGACAUCGUGAGAAUAAAAUGGAUCAAGGGAAGAAGACCUGUGCAUAACACUGACCUUGAAGGGAAGACAGAAGUGAAAUGAAAUGGGGAGGUACUUAAAUGAAAAGGAACAGCUGAGACUCCACAAUUUGUGGCGUUAUGCAACCGCACGUUGAGAAACUGCUGGCAGGUGUUGCAGAUUUGUAGGGCAAACGUAAAUGGGUAGAAAUGUAUUAGUCUGGUGGCCACGUGCUGUGUUUUGUCAGUCUCAAGCUAAUCCUGUUUAUUUCUCAACUGCAUUUUGGUAGGAGCUGGAGUCUUCUUUUGAAAGCACUUGAGGACUUUGCUUUGGUUGUUUUGAAGAAGCUGGAAAUUGACCUUUGUUCUAUCUGGUUUCUCCUUUUUUUGCAGCAAAAAAUGGCUUCGCUCAAGGACAAACUGAUCACACCCGUGACGCAGCCGGCCACCAAGCCAAACAACAAAGUCACCGUGGUAGGAGUCGGUCAAGUUGGGAUGGCUUGUGCCAUCAGCGUCCUGGAAAAGGUCAGUGUGUGUGUGUGUGUCUGUGUGUCUGUGUUUGGGUGGCAUAAAUGGCCAGACCUAAGUGCAAUUAGGGACGUUGUGGGUUAAACCACAGAGCCUAGGACUUGCCGAUCAGAAGGUCGGCGGUUCGAAUCCCUGUGACGGGGUGAGCUCCUGUUGCUCGGUCCCAGCUCUUGCCAACCUAGCAGUUCGAAAUCACAUCAAAGUGCAAGUAGAUAAAUAGGUACCGCUCUGGCGGGAAGGUAAACGGCGUUUCCGUGCGCUGCUCUGGUUUGCCAGAAGCGGCUUAGUCAUGCUGGCCACAUGACCCGGAAGCUGUUCGCCAGCUCCCUUGGCCAGUAAAGCGAGAUGAGCGCCGCAACCCUAGAGUCACGACUGGACCUAAUGGUCAGGGGUCCCUUUACCUUUUUAAGUGCAAUUAUGACUCCCCCCACCAAAAAAAUAAUAAUAAUCUGGUUAAUAGGUUCUUCCAUGCAAGUGGUACCCAUGGGCAGAGGGAUGGUGGAAACUGUCCUCCAGCAACAUCUAGAGGAGCAAGAUGCAGGUUCUCCAGUUAGGAAUGCAGGCAGCUGCUUUGUGCAGAGUCAGACCAUGGGUUCAUCUAGUUCAUUUGCACUGUCUGGCAGCAGCCUUCCAGGAUCUCAGAUGAGGACCGUUCCCAGUCCUACCUGGAGAAUCUUGGGACCAUGCAAAACAGAUGCUCCAUCGCCUUCCCCUUAAGCCAACUUCAUUGUAAGAGACUAAGGCAGGGGUCCGCAAACUUUUUCAGCAGGGGGCCGGUCCACUACAGCUCAGACCUUGUGGGGGGCCGGAUUAUAUAUUUUGAAAAAAAUAUAUAUAAACGAAUUCCUGUGCCCCACAAAUAACCCAGAGAUGCAUUUUAAAUAAAAGGAUACAUUCUACUUGUGUAAAAACAUGCUGAUUCCUGCACCAUCCACGGGCCAGAUUUAGAAGGCGAUUGGGCCGGAUCCAGCCCCCGGGCCUCAGUUUGCCUACCCAUGGACUUGGUUAGUCAGAGGGGGCUGACAUGGUGACAUCCAGCAAGCAUGACCAAUGGUUAGGGAAGAUUGGAGCGGGGAGUCCAGAGCCAUCUGGUGGGCACUGGGUUGGGUGCCUCUGGGUUACUCCUGUUGCAGCCAAAGGGAAAUGUAAUGGGUGGGCUUCUUUAGCGAUAUAACAGCCAGUGUGAAGAAUAUAUGGGUUCCUCCUGUUGCGGCUCGACUACAACUCCCAUCGUUCUUGGCGGCUGGGCUCUGAUGGGAGUUCUGGAGCCCCAUCCUUGCCUUUAUAAGCUCCAAGGGCUAGAAUCCACAUGAUUCGAUUCCAGGACUUGGGAUAGCUCAGUUGGUAGAGCACGAGAGUCUCGGGGUCGUGAGUUAAAUCCCCAUGUUGGGCAAAAGAUUCCUGCAUUAUUGCAGUGGGUUGCAGUAUAUGACCCUUGUGGUCCCAAUUCUAUGACUCUAUGAAUAUAUAUAGGGACGUGGGUGGCGCUGUGGGUUAAACCACAGAGCCUAGGACUUGCCGAUCAGGAGGUCGGCGGUUUGAAUCCCCGCAACGGGGUGAGCUCCCAUUGCUCGGUCCCUGCUCCUGCCAACCUAGCAGUUCGAAAGCACGUCAAAGUGCAAGUAGAUAAAUAGGUACCACUCCGGUGGGAAGGUAAACGGCGUUUCCGUGCGCUGCUCUGGUUCUCCAGAAGCGGCUUAGUCAUGCUGGCCCCAUGACCUGGAAGGUGUACGCCGGCUCCCUUGGCCAAUAAAGCAAGAUGAGCGCUGCAAUCCCAGAGUCUGUCACGACUGGACCUAAUGGUCAGGGGUCCCUUCACCUAUGAAUAUUUAUAGAGAUGCAUGAAGUAUAUUCUCUUGGUGCUAUUUUUUUUUUUUGUAAUUAACAUUCAGUUGGACAACUCUUGACGCUUAGUGGGCUACCAAAUUUGCACAAAUUUGACCAGGCUGAGAAGAGGCUCUGCUCUGUACGGCUCCUUCCCAGAUGAUCAUAUCUGCACGGAGUCCUUUUCACGUUAGCUGAAUGCGUGGCCAAGGUGUCAUGGGCAGCAUUCAUGGGCAUCUGCGGUAGGAGAGCAAACCCUGGAUUUAACUUAGCCUAAAGCAAAUCAAGUCAGGACUGGUACCACUUUUUUGCUGGUACUAUAUUAUAUUAUAUUAUAUUAUAUUAUAUUAUAUUAUAUUAUAUUAUAGUCAUACCUCAGGUUACAGACGCUUCAGGUUGCAUUUUUUCAGGUUACUUCUGGGUUUUGGCAGAAACACUAAAUCAUACUUUGUGCAUGUGCAGAAGUGCCAAAUCGCAACCCACGCAUGCACAGACGUGGGUUGCGAACGCACAUCCCGCAUGGAUCACGUUUGCAACCUGAGCGUCCACUGUAUAAAUAUUUCUCCUCUCUGCUAUAACGCAAGAAGGCUUGGGUGCUGUUUGGACACAGGAUGGACUUCCUCUAGACCUGCGAUUAGAAAUAUUGGAAGUGCAAAACACUGUCCCUUUCAUGAGAUAAAUAAUUAUACGACCUUGCAUAGAUAUCUGAAGGCAGCCCAAGGGAAGUAUCAGGACACUUUUAAUGUGUGAUGUUCUGCUGUGGUGUUGUGUUUCUGUAUAUUACGUUGGGAGCCUCCCAGAGCAGCUGGGGCAACCCAAUCAAAUGGGUGGGGUACAUCAUCAUCAUCAUUCAUAUACUUAACACUUGUGGUUUUUCCCCCACCUUCGCUGCCAGGGUCUCUGCGAUGAGCUUGCAUUGGUUGAUGUCCUGGAAGACAAACUGAAGGGAGAAAUGAUGGAUCUUCAGCAUGGAAGCUUAUUUCUUAAGACACAUAAGAUCAUAGCGGGCAAGGGUAGGUUUUAUAUUAUAUCUUACCGCCACGUGAGCCCGGUGGGGGAGAGCCAGACUUUACUCAACAGGUCACAUUGGGAAACAGAUGUUUGAAAUCUGUUUUCCCUGAGCUACUGAAGAGUGGAAGGCCACAACUUACCUGGUAGCCAUAGGUGAUCAGAAAUUCCACGUAGGCGAGCGAGGAGGAACACACCACUGUCCUCCAACAGUCUCCUUCAUGGAAGGCAGGGUUGUUGUUUUUAACUACCUCCUAAGAGGCUAGCAACUUGUGUUUCUAUGCCGGUUUCAGAGGAGGGGGCUGGCUCCCCUUCCCUCGAGACCAGCAAUGCAGAACUUCUGUGAACUUCUUUGUAAGCUGAUACAGGGACUAUGCAUCUUAACAUACAGGUGACCUUUGUCUAUAGCCAGGACAUGCAGUUAUGCAGUCCAUUAUAACAUUCAUUAUUCUUGUGGGUGGAAAGGAGGGCCUCAGACCUUUCAACGCCUGUUUGCCUGCUUUUAUAUCCUGGGCAAGCUCCUGCACAGAGUCCAGGCUGAUGUAUGUGAGUCUCCCUGCUGUCUUCUGUAUCCUGUCAGCAGCCUGGUGAAGUAGCUUGAGAGAUAGCAAAGGCGUCUGUUUUUGCACAGGCUUUCCCCGGUGCACAAGACCGGACUGUUUUUAGUUUUCAUUUGCUCGAAAACCCUGGUUUUAUAUGCUUUUAUACCACUGCUUGCCUGGUUUUCAAUAUAAACGAUCGAUGCCACAAAGAUCUUGAAGACCGCUUCUUUCCUUAUGGUCGCUCCUGGGUGUUAGGAUCAGGAGAUGGAGCCGCCUUUGUAGUUCCAACUCCCUCAGAAGUUUGUGGGGGAUGAUAGAUUGUGAAAGGGCUUUCUUUGUGGCAUCCGCUGGGAUGUGGAAUUCCCACCCCCAUAGAGGUGCGCCCGGCACCUUCAUUGUGUAACUUUUGGCAUAUGCAGAAGAGGCACCUGUUUACUCUGCCCUUUGACACUCAAGAUGUGUGUUUUCAGGGCUCCACCUAUUCCUGUAACUGCAGCAUAUUCAAACUUUUUAAAUUUAAUGAUAACCCACCUUGGGACCUACUGGUAAAGGGCCGAUAAUAAAUGUAAUGAUAACACAUGUUUAUUAUUUUUAUUUUGUACACACUUCAAUUAAUUUUUUUAGUAUUUAUGUGUAAAGUGGUUUAUAAAUGCUUGUAAAUAAAUAGUGUUGGUUGUGGGGGAGGAAGGGAAAGGAGAAUGUUAGCCGCUUUGAGACUUUUCCGGGUAGCGAUAAAGCGGGAUAUCAAAUCCAAACUCUUAAGGGACGCGGGUGGCGCUGUGGGUUAAACCACAGAGCCUAGGACUUGCCGAUCAGAAGGUCGGCGGUUCGAAUCCCCGCAACGGGGUGAGCUCCCGUUGCUCAGUCCCAGCUCCUGCCAACCUAGCAGUUCGAAAGCACGUCAAAGUGCAAGUAAAUAAAUAGGUACCGCUCCAGCGGGAAGGUAAACGGUGUUUCCGUGUGCUGCUCUGGUUUGCCAGAAGUGGCUUAGUCAUGCUGGCCACAUGAUCUGGAAGCUGUACGCCGGCUCCCUCGGCCAGUAAAGCAAGAUGAGCUCCGCAACCCCAGAGUUGGCACGACUGGACCUGAUGGUGAGCGGUCCCUUUACCUUUAAAUAAAUAGUGGCUUGUCCCAAAGUGUCCUAAUGAACUUCAGGGCUGAGUGGGAAUUUCAACCUGUCUUCCCCUUGGUUCCCAUUUGACAGCCAGCUGUUGGGCCUCCAGAUGUUGUUGAACUCCAUCUCCUAUCAGUUGGGGAUGAUGGGAGCUGUCAUCUGACAACUUCUGGAAGGCCGCAGAACUUUGCCCUGCCUCCUGAUAACUUCUCGGUUACAUUUUUGCCUGCAGAUUACGCGGUCACCGCUAAUUCCAAGGUUGUCGUGGUGACCGCCGGAGUCCGCCAGCAGGAAGGGGAGUCCCGCCUCGACUUGGUCCAGAGGAACGUGAAUGUCUUCAAGUUCAUUAUCCCACAGGUCGUGAAACAUAGUCCGGACUGCAUCAUCCUGGUGGUUUCGAACCCAGGUAAAUUGGGCUAGCAGUUAGAGCAGCCCCUGUAGCUAGAUCAUGGCCUUUUAUAUUUCUUGCACUCACUCCCAGUCGAGUUCCAGAGCCUGGUUGCAAUCCAGACAAAUCCAGAUGCACAAGGCAGCCGCUUCAGUAAACAAGAAAUAAAUUUGGAUCCUGGCAUAUUUGCUUAAGCCAGCCUUCCCUCACCUCGUGCUCUGCUGGUUUUUUGUGUUACAAUUCCCCAUCAAUUUGCGGCAAACGUGGAAGGGGCAAGGUUGUGGUGGAAGGCUUGCUUAAAAUUCUUUGCGUUGAUUAUCGACAGGAGUGGCGCUGUGGUCUAAACCACUGAGCCUCUUGGGCUAGCCAAUCAGAAGGUUGGUGGUUUGAAUCCCCGUGAUGGGGUGAGCUCCCUUUGCUCUGUUCCAGCUCCUGCCAACCUAGCAGUUCGAAAGCACACCAGUGCAAGUAGAUAAAUAGGUAUUACUGUGGCAGGAAGGUGAAUGGCAUUUCCGUGCACUCUGGUUUCCGUCACGGUGUUCCGUUGUGCCAGAAGCGAUUUAGUCAUGCUGGCCACAUGACCUGGAAAGCUGUCUGUGGACAAACGCCAGCUCCCUCGGCCUGAAAGCGAGAUGAGUACUGCACCCCAUAGUCGCCUUUGACUGGACUUAACCAUCCAGGGGUCCUUUACCUUUUACCUUUUUAUGAGAGUGUGGCACUGGCUCGUUCCUGGGACAUUCCGCAUCUUGAGCAUCAGUGAAGGCAAGGGGAGUCACCUAACCACUCUUGGCACGCUUAGCAAACUACAGCUUCCAGGAUUCUUUGUGGGAAGCCGUAUCUGUUUAAAGUGGUAUCAUAGCGCUUUAAACGUGCAGUGCAGAUGGGGCCAGAGAGUUGACUCUUGAGUGCACCAGCCCCUCAUCCUCUCUCUCCUCCUUUCCCCAGUGGAUAUCCUCACCUACGUGACGUGGAAACUGAGCGGCCUGCCUAAGCACCGCGUCAUCGGCAGCGGUUGCAACCUCGAUUCGGCUCGGUUCCGUUUCCUGAUGGCCGAAAAGCUGGGCGUCCAUCCCACCAGCUGUCACGGUUGGAUCCUGGGAGAACACGGCGAUUCCAGCGGUGAGCGGCGUUGUCCGAAACCUGCAGUGAUCCUGUAGGGCAGCAUGCUGCAACCUUGGGUCCCCAAGUGUGGGGGACUACAACUCCCAUCACCCACAACCUAUUUGGCCCAGUGAUCAGGGAUAAUGGGAGUUGUAGUCCAACAGCAGCAUCCGGCAACCCAAGAAAAGAAGAACACUGCUGGGUUGGGGGACAUUUGAAGCUGCUGUAUAUGGAGUCUUUCUAGGCUAGCUCUGCACUCCCAGCUGUUUUGGGGGGGGAAGAGAGGUGGUCCAUCUUUGUGACUUGUUCCAACCUUUCUCAACCUGUGGGUCCCCAGAUGUUUUGGGACUACAACUCCCAUCACCCCUAGCUAGCAAGGCCAGAGCUCAGGGAUGAUGGGAGUUGUAGUCCAACAACAUCUGGGGACCCGCAGGUUGAGAACCACUGUGUUACACAGUUCACAGAAGGUUGGAAACUAGAGCUUCAGGCUAUAUUGAAGUCGAGGCUCCACCCCUUCCUGGUUCUGAGCCAGGCCCUGAUCCAAGCAGGCGAUUUCACAAGCUCGCCCCCUCCUCCGAGGUACAGUUAUGUGUGGCUAAUUGGCACUCCUGAAAGCUUUCUCCUGACUGCUCUUGGAGGUGAUGGGGGCAAAAGGUGAGAUCCAGCCAGGAAAUCAGUAAACAAGUGUGGAGUCCUCUAGCCUUGUGGCUACCAUAUCUUGAGAUCUCGUGGUCACUGGUCUUGUGAGGGUCUUCCAGAAGAGGGUCCUGCUUCCCCUGCCGCAAGGAGACCUCAAAGGUCCAGGCAGGGCUGAAAUCCUUUAACAAGAAGUGCCAGAGAUUCAAAGCGUGUCCCCCCCCCUUAAUUUUUUAUUUCAUGCGGAAAGGCCAUAGCUCAGUGUUUGAGGAGGUCCCAGUUUCAUUCCUUAGCAUCUCCUGUUAAAACGUUGCCAGGUGAUGCGAAGGACUCUUCCCUGGAGAGCUGUUGCGAAUCACGGGAGACGAUAGCUGAGCUUAUAAAUCAUACUUUCCUGUGCUUAUUUAUGGAGCAGAACUGCACAUCUCUCCUUUCCUGCCCAAAGCAGUUAACAUGGAGCAAGGAAAGCAAACAACCCCAUUGUUGAAAAUAGUUCAAACACAGCCAUGAGAGAUGAAAUCAACUAUAGCGGGGGAAGCGUUCUACUCAGGAGCGGAGAUCCCUUUCUAAGGAAGUUUUUUUCCUAGUUGGACUUCUUGAGUUCCCGGUCCCUUCUGUGUUGUACAGACACACAUGUGUGCCUUUGGACAGUAGCCAGAACGAAUAAAGUAUUGUUUAUUUGAAUGGUACAGAACAUAGGAAGAUGGCAUUGAAGUCAGAGCGUUGACCUUAGCUCAGCAUUGCCUCGCUGUGUGGCUGUGGCUCUACAGGAUUACAAACACGGCAUUCCCAGUCCUACCUGGGAUCUUCUGGAUGCAAAGCAGAGGCUCCGCCUCUGAGCUAUAAGCCCCAGUAUAUGUGAACAUAGGAAGGGAGCUGCCUUAUAGUGAGUCAGACCAUUGGUCUGUCUAGCCCAGCUCCCCAGGGGCUUCAGACGGGACAUACCCAGCCCAAUAGGAUAUAGAACCGUAGAAUUGUAGGGUUGGAAGGGACCCCGAGGGUCAUCUAGUCCAACCUCCUGCGAUGCAGGAAUCUCAUCCAUGGCAGAUGGCCACCCAAUCUCUGCUUGAAAACCUCCAAGGAAGGAGAGUCCACCACCUCACGAGGAGACCGUUCCACUGUCAAAACAGGUCUUGCUGUCAAAAAGUUCUUCCUGACGUUUAGCCAGGAUCUUCUUUCUCGUAACUUGCAUCCGUUGGUUUGGGUCCUACCCUCUGGAGCAGAAGAAAACAAGCUUGCUCCCUCUUCCAUGCGACAGACCUUGAGAUAUUUGAAGAUGGCUAUCGUAUCUCUCAGUGUCUUCCCCAGCCAUUCUGGGCGGCUUCCAACAAAAUAUUAAAAUACAAUAGUCUGUUAAACAUUAAAAGCUUCCCUAAACAGGGAACCUGGGACGCGGGUGGCGCUGUGGGUUAAACCACUGAGCCUAGGACUUGCAGAUCAGAAGGUUGGUGGUUCGAAUCCCCACGAUGGGGUGAGCUCCCGUUGCUCGGUCCCAGCUCCUGCCAACCUAGCAGUUCGAAAGCACGUCAAAAAUGCAAGUAGAUAAAUAGGUACCGCUCUGGCGGGAAGGUAAACGGAGUUUCCGUGUGCUGCUCUGGUUCGCCAGAAGCGGCUUAGUCAUGCUGGCCACAUGACCCGGAAACUGUAUGCCGGCUCCCUCGGCAAGUAAAGCGAGUUGAGCGCCGCAAUCCCAGAGUCGGCCACGACUGGACCCAAUGGUCAGGGGUCCCUUUGCCUUUACCUUUAAACAGGGAACCUACCCUAUCAUAACCUGGGCUCUUUUCUUCUUGUCGUUGCAGUGGCUGUCUGGAGCGGGGUUAACGUCGCAGGUGUUUCUCUCCAGCAGCUAAACCCUGACAUGGGGACUGACCAAGAUCCGGAGGGCUGGAAGCAAGUCCAUAAGGAGGUGGUUGACAGGUAAUGGUGCAUUGGGGAUGACCGAGGUUGGCAGACACAACAUCAGUCUUUAUGAGGGUUGCUUUCUUGAAUGUGUGUAUGAGGGAUCUGGAGAAACGACAGUCUCAGCAAACUUGAAACCUACAAAAUUCAUGGUCAGUACAUUUAUCACCAAAACUGUGAGUGGUUUUUGAGUUCUCUGGAGUACAUAAUCAGGCAAAAUUGUUAAUUCAGAGUGAUACCUCCUGGUUCCCCCUGGCAUGGAGAGAAGCAGUACGGGUUGUCUGGGAAUGACUGCUUAGUUGUUGCUUUGCAAUGAGUUUUUAAAAGGGGGGUGGUCAGGAUAGAGACUCUGUAGAUGUUGGUGGUGCCCAAGACUGUCACCUGCUAGCUCCAGGCCUGAUACGAAGUGGGUUCUGAGCCUGGUUGGAAUGGGGCCACAUGUUUUUAGUGGAGAUUUGGUUGUUCAUAUUUCAGACAUGCGCCAUUCAAAAUUUCGUGCCUACUAACGGAUUUAAACCUGAAGUUUCAUGCACGUACAUACCCCACACCUUCAAUUAGAGCAGAGGUGGAUCUGGGCAGCAGGCUGAAUCUUUUAUCUCCCCCACCCUCCUCCCGCUAGGGAGAGGAGUUGCCCAGCUGCCAGUCACCUGACGUCCUAACGACGUCCUCAAAAUGUGCAGGCGGAGGCGCUGUGCUUUGCAAGCCCGUCAACCAGCUGAUGGUUGGGGCUUGCAAAGCACUUUCAGGUGGAAGCCCCCUUACAGCCCUACCUCCUCUUUACCUGCCCUUCACAGGUGAGGAGCAGGUGGCUGUGGCUUGGCCAAAACAGCCUUGCAGGCCAGACAGGGAGAAUUGACAAGCCUAAUUUGUUUCAUAGGACAGAAGUUCCCACCUCUGUACUAGAGUGUCUCCUCCUUUAGCAGGAAUUUUCCUGGUGCUAGUUCCCCCCAGAAUUCUUUCUUGCCAUGACCAUGUUUUGCUGUUCCCUUGCUAUCUUUCACAACCACUUUGCGUGGUCUAACUGGGCUUUCUGCGAUGUGUUUUUGGUAGUGCCUAUGAAGUGAUCAAGCUGAAAGGCUACACCAACUGGGCCAUUGGCUUGAGUGUUGCUGACCUACUGGAGACCAUCUUCGGGAACCUUUGCCGAGUUCAUCCAGUGUCCACCAUGGUAAAGGUAAGGAACGUUAAUAGCUUGGUUGUGUUUCUGCCCUUUGCUAUAUUUCGUCCCUGCUUCCAGAUGGGAAAUAGAGAAAUGGGGAUGAACAGUUCCCCCUCCACCUUUUCAUUUCCUGGGUGCUCAGUGCAGUAGAUUUGGAGAAUGCAAGACUGUGUUUGCAGAACAGUGUAGGUCGUAAUAGCUGCGUCACUUGCAGGGCGAGCAAGGUUAGUUCACCAGGGGAAAGGAUUGGGUUUACUCAGUAGAUGGGAGUGGUGGUCCUGAAUGCAUCCCUUUGCCCUCUUCCAUAUUACUUCUGUAUCAGUUCGUUGGAGGGAAGCGCCGUGGGCUGGUUAGAGGCAGAGGAACGGUGGGGACAAUCAGCUGGGGAAACCCCAAAGGAAGAUGGCUCUGAGCCCAGGGAGUGGUGGUGGGACCACAAUGAGUGGUCAGAGGGAAAAAAGUGAGAAGGCUGGGAAGAGGACGUGUCGGAAGCUGAAAAGGUAACAGGGCUUAGUGAGGUGGGAGAGUCUGUGGCAGAGAGAAGUCCAGAAUCGGAGACAGAAGCUGAAGCAGUAGGAUGGCCAGGAGACAGAGAUGAGUCAGGUUGGUGAAGAGUCAUGGGUGCCCUCACCCCUGUUCUCCCAGAACCAGAAGAGGGCUGAAAUGAGUGGAACUCUAGCAGGCUGCACACAGGCUCAGUCUCUGAUUGCUUGGAGAAAGCCCUAGAGAGGAGAGGACUUAGACGGCCAUGGGGAGGCGGGGACUUUCAGUCUAGUCAACCGAUUCAUGGGACCAGACCUACCAGGGAUGAGCUGUUGUGCUCAUUAGGGCUGACACUCCACCAAGUCCAUGGCGAUUGUUCUUUUGCUAAUAGAGUUAACUCCAAUUUUGAAUGGUGCAAUUUACUGCCGGCUUGCUCUUUGACAGGAUGUCGCUAGUGCAUGGAUAUGGGAAAGGGUUUGCGACAAUCAACCGGUAUAUAAAUGUGAAACAAACAAAUGGAAGAAAGGUCUCUUAGCUUAGAGUCCCAACUGGCGUAUCAGCCCAAGCUGAUGAAAGCUGCUUCCGGCCAUGGAAGCCUCUGAGCCUUCUCACUCAGGGCCAAGAGUACAUGUUAAGAGGGAUCUCCUAGUUUCCAACUUCUCUCUUAAAUCUUCCUUGCAGGGCAUGUAUGGCAUUGAAAACGAAGUCUUCCUGAGCCUGCCUUGUGUGCUGGGGUCUGUUGGCUUGACCAGCGUGAUCAACCAGAAGCUGAAGGACGACGAGGUGGCCCAGCUCCAGAAGAGUGCCACCACGUUGUGGAACGUCCAGAAGGACAUCAAGGACCUGUAGGCUUAGAAGGGCCACCUUCCCACCAGUAGCAGCAGCAGCAGCAGCAAGAAUGAUAACCAACGUUCAAAGUUGGACCCCGCAAUUUUGCGUGAGCCUCUCUAGCAUAUCUCCGUAGCUGAGCUUCCAGUAAUCAACCCCAAAACCGUACAAGUUUUCACCCACCACGGUUAAGAUGUGUGCUUGGUGUAACGCAGACCUUUUCAAACUAAAUAAAACCAGCUCUUUUGUGUGUGCUCUAUUCUUGCAGCGGGUG